AUGCUGCAACAAGCUCUCAAAGUGUCCGGUAGAAGUGCAUCUCCUCUCCUCAAAUGGAUGGAACGGUGCGUUGAGGGCAUCUCCGUCGGAUGCGCCAAGCAUAAUGAUCAUCAUCAGUUGAGAACGCUAGAAGAGAUGCCGGGACCAUCGCUGUUCAGCUUCGCAUGGGAUCUUUUCGGGAAGCGGGGACUGUCUCGUCUUCACGAAUUACAGCUUGAUGGACGCAAGCGCUAUGGUCCGAUGUGGAAGGCGAGCUUUGGUCCGAUCCUGACAGUGCAUGUGGCGGAACCGGAGCUGAUUGAGCAGGUUCUGAGGCAGGAGGGCCAGCACCCCAUGAGAUCAGACCUUUCAUCCUGGAAGGAUUACCGGAACCUCCGGGGCCAUGGCUAUGGGCUCCUGACUGCGGAGGGGGAAGAGUGGCAAUCCGUGCGCAGCCUCCUAGGGAAGCACAUGCUCCGGCCUAAAGCUGUGGAGACCUAUGAUGGCACCUUGAAUGGCGUCGUCACUGAACUUGUCAACAAACUGCACACACGCCGCCAACAGAACCCACGAGGCAUCAUCAGUGACAUUUCAGCCGAAUUCUACCGCUUCGGUCUCGAGGGUAUUUCCUCUGUGCUAUUUAACUCCAGGUUAGGCUGCUUGGAGGCUGUUGUCCCCAUGGAGACAGAACGCUUCAUCCAGUCCAUCAACACCAUGUUUGUUAUGACCCUGCUCACCAUGGCGAUGCCUAGAUGGAUGCACCAGCUUUUCCCCAAACCGUGGGACACCUUCUGCCAGUGCUGGGACUAUAUGUUUAAAUUUGCCAAAGGGCACAUUGACCAGCGGCUGGAGAAGGAGGCUGAGAAGGUGGCACGAGGAGAGGAGAUCGAGGGGCGGUACCUCACCUACUUCCUGUCACGAGCCGGCGUGCCAAUGAAGUCUGUCUACAGCAAUGUGACUGAGCUGCUGCUGGCUGGAGUGGACACGAUCUCCAGCACUUUGUCCUGGUCCCUUUACGAGCUGUCCCGCCACCCCGACGUGCAGGAGUCCCUGAGGGUGGAGGUCCAGUCCGUGCUGGGCGACAAACUCGUCCCUGGAGCGGCAGACGUGGCCCGCAUGCCUCUGAUGAAAGCAGUGGUGAAGGAGGUGCUGAGGCUCUAUCCUGUCAUUCCAGCUAAUGCAAGAGUUAUUACUGGCCGUGACAUUAAAGUUGGAGGCUACCUCAUCCCCAAAAAUACCUUGAUCACCCUUUGCCACUUUGCCACGUCGCGGGACCCUGCUCAGUUCCCAGAUCCAGACUCCUUCGUGCCUCAGCGCUGGCUGACCAGAGAUGAGGGGCACCAUCCGUAUGCCUCUGUGCCCUUUGGGGUGGGCAAGCGCAGCUGCAUUGGCCGCCGCAUCGCGGAGCUUGAGUUGUAUCUGGCUAUUGCACGGAUUGUAACCCAUUUCGAUGUGAAGCCUGACCCAGAAGGCGGUGCUGUCCGACCCAUGACCCGAACACUGCUGGUACCGGAAAGCGAGAUCAACCUGCAGUUCGUGGAGCGAUGAGGCCCACUCUGCACUUCCGGAACUGCCCAGAAAAGAGAACACUGCAUCCUUGCACAAACCCCAGGGCCAAAGGGGACCACCAUGCCUUAGGUUGCCUGGUGCCAAGGUCUGCAGGGGAGAUGAGCCCUGGUAGACCUGUUACCAUAGCAACAUGAGCAGGGGGUUUGGGGGGUGCCCAUAGCAUAAGAUUCCAGUUCCAGAAUGUGCUGUGACACUGAGAGAACCCCAGCACAGAGCUGCUUCUUCAGGCCGAGGAGCCAACAGACAUAGUAGAGACAUUACAGCAUGCAUGGCUCCCCACUUCCUGUUUUCCCUCUCUUGUGGAAGUUACUUACUGUUGGUGUGUUGGUAUAGGCUGAUGUCAUCACAGCUACAGCUGAGUGUGGUUCAGGUAGUGGCUGGUUGGUCAAAAUCUAAAUUGGUAGAGGGAAGAGGCCAGUGGGGCCAUCCUUGCUAUUCUCAGGGGAGUUGCUCUACAGUGGAGCACUGCGCCAAAAUGUCUAUGUGAAGGAAAGUGAUGAACAAAAAGUGCUGUGAUGACAUGACACAUUUAAAGAAAUGGACAUGUAUCAUUGUAGAUGAUACAACAUGGCAGUGUCUUCACAGUACUUUGCUUAAUCUCCAUUUAAAAACUGUAGUUUUCUGGUGACAGGAAAAACUUGACUGCCCAACAACUUGAAGACCAGAAUGUAAUACUUGAAAAAAAAAAAGAAUAUCCAAAAUGACCCGAAUGUAAUACUUUAAAAAAAAGAAUAUCCAAAAGUCACCUGAAAUCCUAGCUUCUGAACUUCUGUAGCUGUGCUUCUUUAACUUUAAAACUCAAAAGUCAAGAGUCAAGUCUGUCUAUAAAAUGUAGGGCCGUAGGUCAAAUUUUAAUGGUGCUUUUUUUCAAAUUAUGAACAUCUGUAACAGCGUGCAUGUACUGGUUGAUUUUCUGGUGUCUUUACAUGUGUAGUAGGCUACUCACAUAGACAGACAGUGAGUCAUAGAACAUUGACAUUGUUCACUGUAGAUAUCAAGAAACAUUCUGAUUCAGAUACAUUCAGGACAGUGAAUUGAGCGACAUUCACUACGUUGGUGCUACUGCUAUAUUGCUUAUGGACCCUUUCAAUAAUAAAAACAAAAACAAUGCUUGAACGUUCUAUUUGCCC